AAACUGCCUCCUCUUAUUAUAACGACAUGGGUAUAAUUGAAAACAUCUGACCGAGCGCCACCACCCUCGGAUCCAAGCAUCUUGACUGGGGACAGCCGAACAUUACCGGGAACUGUCGAAAUGGGAUACGAAACUCCCGUUUAUUGUGUGUACUUCCUGGUCCAAUUAUAUUACUGUCUACAUACCUCCAUGAAACACCGCUCUGCCUCCCCUCCACUUGCGUCCGAUCGACGGAUGGGAGCGCAGAAACAACGGAUGUAGCCUCACUGUUAGAUUAUUGAUGUUUCCAGACAUCCGCAGCAGCCCGUUGUAGCCUGAUUGUGGCCGAUUUCGGACGUGCGAGCGACGCUAACUCCUGCCUGAAAUUCAAUUUUCUUUUGUCUGCGCAACUGGCAGCAACAUUUGUUGAUGUGUGAUCAGGGGUUGGGAAGUAAACACGCUGGCCUGCGCUCAUGAUCAGAGCCGAGGUGAGAUUGAUACCUCACACUCAGAUUGCCCUUGAUCGCAAGUUGAUUUUACUCCGGAGCAGAGGAACUGUUGGCUCCAAUGGCGUCAGUUUCGAAGGUGUCUAUUCUGGAUUACUUUAAUAUUGUGUUUGAAGGUGAAAAUGGCAAAAUCGAGUCCAACUGCAAGGCUUGUGGCACCAGAAUCCAGGCGAAACGGAGCGUCACGUCCAACUUCGUAACACAUCUCAAGCGGAAGCACCAGGCUAUGUAUGAUGACUUUGUGAAAAGGAAGGAUAUGAAGAGAGAGGGUUACUCCUCUGGUUCCCUGCACAGUUUCACCAGCAAUGGAGGGAAUACCCGCUACACUCUUCCCAUCAGUACUGGAGUGGGAGGAGGAGGAGGAGGAGGAGGAGGAGGAGGAGGUGGUGUUGGAGGAAUGGGAAUUGUGGAGGGAGGAGUAGGAGGAGGUUCAGGAGGAGGGGUGACCAAGUUUGACAGACAUGACCCACGUCAGGUUUUGAUCUCUGAGGCCAUAGCUAAGAUGAUUGUGCGUGAUCUGCAGCCAGUGUCCAUAGUUGAAAAUCAAGGCUUCAGAGAGCUGCUGCAGCUCUUGGAGCCACGUUACACUCCGGAGCCUCAGCACUACAUCCACAGCCAGCUCCUCCCAGCCUACGCCUACCAAGUCCAGCUGACUACCCGUCAGGCCCUGGCUUCAGCACACGCCCUCAGUCUCAGCCUGGAUCUCUGGAGGGGCUUUUCUGGAGCCACCUCAGGGUACCUCGGUGUCACCUGCCAUUUUCUUACAUCUGACUGGCAGAUGCGUUCAGCUCUGCUGGCGUGCCUUCCCCUGACUGGUGGCAGCUCUGGGAAUCGCGUGCUGUCAGAUUUUGAUGAAGUGUGUCACUCCCAUGGGGUUUCGGGGAGAGCAUUUCGUGUUGUUGCGGACCCUUUUCUGGCAACAACGACCAUAAAGCCAUGUUGUCUUCCUGGUUUCCUGAUUUCACCUCCUCUUGCUAACCUGCAAGAUGACAAUGAUGAAGAAGAGGUGGGCAAUGGUAACGAUGUGGAGGAAGGGAUCAGGAACGGCCAUGGUGAUGGGGGAGAUGAAGGGGAAUGGGAGGACUCGUGGGAGCAGGGUCUCGGUGUUUGUCGGGUGGACUGUUUCUCUCGCUCUCUUGAACAGUGUGUUAGAGAGGGGUUACGCUCUUGUCCACAGCUCUCCUCCACACUGGCCAAGGCAGCCUGUUUCUACAACUACAUUACCUCUGCUGUCCCACCUGAGAAACUCAGCCAGGUGUUUGAUGGCAUUGGGCUGACAGUGGGGGGGCCACGAACUGCCCUUCCUGCAGUAAGAGACUGGGCUGCUCAGCUUAAGGUGCUUCGGCGGCUGUUGGACUCAGUGGAGUUCCUGGAGGAGGUGAGUGGUCCAGGGGAGCUGGCGCUGGGUGCUUCUGAGAGAGCUCUCCUGAGGGAGCUCACUGACACUUUGGAGCCCUUCACUGAGGCCUGGGACAUGGUGCAUGGGGACAGACAGGCAGACAUACAGACAGACAGACACGUGUCCAUCAGCCUGGGGCUGCCGUGUGUCCUGGGCCUUCGGAAGCAUCUCUCUGAGACAUCAACCCCCCACUGCCCCUCUCUGCUGGUGGGCCUCAGCCAGGCUGUAGAGCGUCGGCUGGCCCCUAUCCUGGAGGACCCCCUCUACAUCACCGCCACCGCUCUGGACCCCCAGUUCAAGCUCACUUGGAGCAGCAACCCUGACUGGCACAGACAAGUUCUCAUAGAGGAGUUAUCCAAACAUUCCACAGCCUCCAGCCCCAUAAACUCCACCACAGACCUACACCCUCAAUCCAAGACUCCCCCUGCUCCGGCUCUAUCGCCGGUCUCCUCACUUUCUCGGCCCUGCAAGCUCUUCUCUUUUAUCAAGCAGAGACCCACAACACAGGCCAAGAGCCUAGAACAGGAGUUGACCGUGUAUCUACGAGAGGAACCAACAGAUGAGGAGGCUUUGCAUUACUGGCGGCGUAAAGCAAUUGACUUUCCUCUGCUUGCCCAGGUGGCCAAGAGGGCAUUUACCAUACCUGCUUGUGGCACUGUGGUGGGGAGUAUUUUCACUACUGCUGGGCGCUGCCUGCGGCCAGAGAGAGGCCGUAUCUUACCAAAGAACCUGGAGACGCUACUAUACCUCAAAGCCAACUACAGAUUACUAUGGACUUAGAGGGAAGGGUCAAACUUUUAUUUUAACUAAACAGCAACUGAUAGCUUUGUACCUGCAGUAAUGUUACUUCUUGGAUACUAACCUCUGUUCCUCUCUAAGGAAAGUGAGCUAGCAACAUAACACAGUACUCAUACUACACUGAGAUGGAGUGAACUAACCAGAAUUUCAGUGCAGUGGUUCAGUUUUAGAAGGGGUUUCCAGACUAAGUGGGUAUGGAUUGCUGUCUGUUUACCAUGUAGCCAGCAUACAGACUAUCAUACCACAUGCUGUGGACUGAAGGGACUAGAAGCAGAUCAAUACUUAUGUAUUUGCUUUGACAUUAUUUUUGCCUGAUCAGGGUCUCCAGACAGCCACAAGGCCACAAACCCCCAAACUCUCUAUCAUCCCAACCCAAAAGACAGCUUGUGUCUGUACCAGCCAACAUUGAUAUACCAACAAUAACCAUACGGUCAGUUAUUGCAUACUGUAGCAUAUGAUUUAUUUUCACUGAUAUACAAUGACCUCAGAGGUUGUGACCAAUUCAUUGGAUGUUGUUUUUGAAGGCGCGUAUCAGCAGGUAACCAAUAAGUCAUCCCCUUAUUGUUUUUUUUCUCUAUCUCUCUCUGUAUGUAUGCCUCAUCAUUGGGACAUCAUAAUAAAUGAGUUUCGCUUCCUAACAUAGAGGUGUGGGUAGUUUGCAGAUGCGAGUGCAUGUGUGCAUCACACACCAUCUCUUUUUGCCAGAGGAGAAAAGAUGAAAUCUACUUCAUAUAUCUCAUUCUUUGACCCUAAUUCAUUUAUAUUUUCCACUGUCAGUCCUUUAUAACUCCACAUGUGCUCUGUCAGAGUGGAGGUCAAUUCCAUUUCAUUUUCAUUAUCAGCACUUUUUUUCCUUUUUCAAUUUCAUGUCCAAUUCUACUUCUGAACUUUGAGGAAUUGAAAUGAGUUUGACCCUGCCUCUGCCCCACAAGGCUAGCAGAGAAUGAGUGCAUGUGGCAUAACAGAGACUUUUGCUUUUCCUGACCUGACGGAAAUAUUUUUGAAACCACUUUGCAGGGCAUCGCUUUGAAGGAGAAACUGUGAAUGUUCCAGUGUGUGUUCGCCUUUAUUCAGGGACUCUGUUACUCUGGGCUGGGCCAGUGGGGAGGCAGGGUAAUUGCGAGUAAUUCCAUUACAGUUAGAUUUGAGUCAGCAGGCAGACAGCAGUCACAUCCUACACUGCCUUUAUCCUCACAGCCAACUAGGCCCACAAAACCUUAUUGCUUAAGGACUGAAAGAAAUGGCAGAAAAAAUAUGUGGGUUGCUGUAGCCUUUUUUUCUCUAAUGCUACAUCAGAAGGCACAAAGUAUUUAAAUGCAUAGAUUAAGGUUUUGUGAUUAAUACAGAACAAUAAGACAAUAGCCUCUAUCACCCUGGAGAUGAGUGGCUGUGAAAGAAUUGCAUUGAUGAGAUGGUAAGGAAUGUCACUAGGAUUACGUCUCUUUUUCACCAGCACAGCUUCAUCCCAGUGUUACUGUUUUUGUUGUUGAUGAAAACUUCAGAGGAAGUGUGCUAAUCUGUGUGAGAUACAAUGAGAUUUCCUUCGUAGAUCACAAUUAUCAAAGAUUUCUGUGAUCUUAAUGAUUAUCACCCGGGAUGUCUCUGUGGAUUUAGAUGUGUCGCCAGAUAUCUGUGUGUGGAUGUGUCAGUGUGGUUAUCUCUGAGAAGUGUGUUUUUGCUCAUCCCCACGGGUGUGUUGUUGUUUGUGAGUGUAUGUGGAGCAGCUUGAAGCGUUCCCGUCCUCCAGCCCCCCCCC